AUGAGCCAGUAUGACCGCACACCGGUGAUAAGAGGCAAGUUGGAAACACCGGAAGCCAGGAUCAAAUCUCCUACGUCAGAGAAGGCUUUCGCGACACCAUUGCCGUCUCGGGUCUCUGAUUUAGACCCGAAGUCAUUUCACAGCAAAACGUCAUAUCCGAGCAAUGUCCCAAGCCAGCCGAAGGCGUUUAGCAAUAGCCGCAACCACAAACUGUCCCCUCCACCCGGUCCGCCACAUGGCCCGAAGACUCUUCCGUCGCAUCCUCGCGCAUCAAAUAUUUCACUCUUGUCUGCUCCGACAAGGCCUCGCGGAAGCUCAAAUUUCAAAGAUAGUGGCUGGGCAAGCACCUCCUUGCGUCGUGGGCCUGGGCUUACUGGGUCCCAUGGAACUGCGCCUCGAAGUAAUCACUUACCAGUCCCUGUUGCUGAACCUCAACGUUCCCGCUCCGGCCGUCAUAAUAGCGUGCCAACAACCCCCUCACAAGCCCCCAGGCACUCCAAAUAUCUCACAGGUCUCGGCACAAUUUUACCCGGAGGUAAACUUGCGCCGCUCGACAUUGAGGCCACGACAGAGAAACGUCUCUCCCAGCUCGAGGCAGAUAAGGACCGGCUGUUUCAGCAAAUUACAGAGGGCCAGAAGUUGAAGCGUGCCGGUUUACGGGACUGGGAUAGACUAGAUAGGGAAAGUACAAUUUGUGCUCUGAGAAGCGAAUUGGCUGAAGGGUAUCUACAAUGCAUUACAGAUACUGAAGGUAUACUUGGCAGGGCCUUGUUUUGA